CCCAGAAAGUGAAAUAAAAGAGUUGACUGUUUCCAUGGAUACACAUCAAGAUGGCGUUCCUUCAAUGGGACCGUGAAGACGUCGGAAAAUGGAUAGAGUCCCUAGGAUAUUCACAUUACACGGCAUGUUUCAUAGAGAAUGGCAUCACUGGCAGAAAGCUCAUUCACAUAAAUUGUCGUAAUUUGCCCAAAUUAGGCAUCACCGACUUUGAAGAUAUGAAGGCCAUCGCGGCACACGUGCGUGAGCUCCUGGGUGUCUCGGAGCCGGUGUGGAACCGCAGCCUGGCGGACUACCCGCGGGACGACAUGGGCCUGUUCCUGGAGCGGAAGAGCCAGACGGGGGAGCUAGCCGACGCACUUACCCUCACCCAGUUCCUCAAGGAGAGGCAGCCAUGCUAACCAACACACAUUAAAACCACCAGUGCUGAGA